CACGAGGUGUAAUCUUUGAGCCUAUAAAAAGGCCAUUCACCUCGUCUGAUCAUAAACACAAGUUGCAGACAUGGAGUUCGGACAUUGGUCUUUGCUGGCAACACUUAUAUUCGUCAUUGCUGACGGAAGCCUUGUUUCUAGUGCAUGCGUAUACACAGAUGACGUAUGCGAGUUCGACCUCGUUAUAGAAAACACAUUAACAAUGAUGAGGGACAUAGAUUUAUUAUAUCCGUGGGGCGGAAAAAUCUACCGCUAUAACGAGACGGACCCUACCACAGCCAACAGUAUACCUCUUGAGGGAAUUAUAACAGCGGACGGUUACGAAAUCCCACGUGUGGUAACAGUAGCCAAUGGAAGCAUGCCUGGUCCCCCACUGAUUGUAUACGAAGGCCAAACAGUUGUCGUUGACGUUAUUAAUCGGCUAUCCAGUGAUGGGGUGACAAUUCACUGGCAUGGCCUUCCUCAGAGGGACACUCCCUGGAUGGACGGGGUCGCCUACAUCACACAAUGCCCUAUCAUGCCUGGACAGAGUUUCCGGUACGAAUUCAAAGCGACGCCUAGCGGUACAUUUUGGUAUCAUUCACAUAUCGGACCCCAACGAAGUAACGGUCUAUUCGGGGCGUUUGUAAUCCGUCCGCGAAAACCUCUGAUGAUUCCGGAACAUAUUCUUACUAUGCAAGACUGGAACCAUUACGGAGACGCGGAAUUAACCGAAAUGAAACAGUACCAUGGUGAUUACUACAACAGGUACCCUAUACCAUUUUCAAAAUCAAUGGAUGGUUCCUUAUUUGGUCGUUUAAACUUCCAUUCUGGCCUCAUCAAUGGUAGGGGUCGCUACCACGACCCGAACAUAGGCGUCCACAAUGGGGCGCCACUGUCUGUGUUCGAUGUAGAAGCAGGACGAGUCUACAGGUUCCGGAUCAUCAACGCUGGCAUGGUGUACCCUUUCCAGUUUUCGGUUGAUAACCAUACCCUCGUUGCCGUAGCAUCAGAUGGUUAUAACAUCGAACCUAUAGAAGUGGAUGCUUUGAUCGUAUAUCCGGGUGAAAGAUAUGACGUCAUGUUGACAACGCUAAAUGUGACAGAAAAUUAUUGGAUACGUGCCAGAACGUUGGAGGCAGACGCAAACCACAGAACAGAAGCUAUUUUAAAAUAUACUGGUGCCCCUCAUGACAUGGAUCCGACCACCACAGAAAAGAAAUGCUCUGGUACUAACCCUUGCCGUGUUCUUAAUUGUCCAUCAUCAAAAAUGCCUCCAAAAUUACACAUGGAUUGUUUCACAUUCAACAACAUCAAGUCAGCGUCUCUCACUUCCAUCAGUCCACCAGUGCAUGUAGCGGGCUCUUUCUCAAAUCAAACUCAUCAGUCAAAUUCUACUCAUACAUCUGGUGGCCGUUUCAAAGAGGUAUUUCUCAAUUUUGCUUUCCCUGGAACUUCCUGGAGACCUGGUUCUGUUAAUGGAAAACGGUUUGAAUUUCCAGACGUUUCGGGUCUGACUCAAAUGGAUGAAAUAAAUCCGCGCCAGCUGUGUGAGAAUGCCGACUGCGGACCCGAUAAGGUUUGUAGUUGUAUGCACUCUCUAACUCUGGACCAAAAUGAUAUCGUGCAGAUGGUGUUUCUAGAUAUGGGCAAAGGGCGAGGCUUUGCACACCCCAUUCACAUGCACGGACAUUCAUUCGAAGUCUUGAAAACCGGAUUUGGGGUUCACGAUGAAAAUGGACAGAUUUCUGCAGAUAAUCCCGAUAUAACAUGCCUCGGACAAAAGUUUGGUAAUGACACCUUCUGCAAUACUGCACAAUGGACGAAUUCUUCGUGGGCAAAUGAAAAUAUUCCAGGUUUGGAACUACAACGACCUCCGGUAAAGGAUACAAUAAUUGUGCCAUCUGGCGGAUAUGUUGUAGUACGGAUAAGGGCAGACAACCCAGGACUGUGGAUAAUGCACUGUCAUGUUGAACUCCAUUCUAUAUAUGGAAUGGCAAUGGUAAUCAACGAAUCGUUCGCGAAUGUUCCUAAACCACCUCCUGGUUUCCCUGAAUGCAGGAGCUUUCUUCCGUCAGCGGUGACUUCCGGUACUCGUCACAAGAGGUCAGCUUCGAACGUGAUUCCGGACAUCAGUCGUCAUGGAGAAAGGCCUGGUUUAUACGCCGACGUGGUGGACAGACAGACGCUCGUUUGGACAGUCAUUGUUUUUGGUGGUAUAACUCUCGCCCAGGCUAUCAUUUUAAUUAUUGUGUGCAGGAGGACAAAAAUAAAAAAUGGAUAGGAAAUCGACCUGAUAUUUAACAAACUUUGGAGCACGUUAUCCAAAGAACUUAAAUAGACAUUGUAACUUUGAUUAAUAGAAUCUUCUCCUACCUUGAGGGUGUGACAGAGAAAUCUCCGACCCGAGGGCUGAUUUCUUUGGUUGCCAAACACGAGGGUGUUUCAAGGAUUAGGGGACCGAACACUUUUUUCAUACAUACGACAGCCUUGUCACGGCCUAAGUGUAUACUGUUAAAUGCAUGAUGGGUUACGACUACUGGAUAGACUCUGUCGGGUGCAUUUAUAUGUGUGUGAUUUAUUUACCUGUUUAUGCAAAUGGCGUACUUAAUGAAAUGUAAGCGGGUCAGGUAAAAUGACCUGCGCGUGCGAAAUUAUAGUAAAGUUUUGAAAUCAUAUAAAGAGCGAGCGAUAAUAUUUAGUUUGCAAUUUUAUUGCAUAUAUCAUAUAUAAUUAGUAUAUGUUUAGUUAUCAUGCUAUACAGUUAUAACUUUCUUGUGUACAUCAGUGAAACUCAGCUUGAUUAUCAGACUAGUGCUAGUGUAGAUCACCAGACUUGUACACAAUACUGUUUAUGUUAGUGAAUGCAUUGAAGUUUAAUUCCCUUUUAAUCGACGAUUCAUUAUGUAUGCGCAUGCAUGUGGCUAGGUAUGUAUGGUGUGUGUGUGUGUGUGUGUGUGUGUGCAGGGGAAUAUACACCUUCAAAUACCAAAUUUAUAAUAAUUACCAAGAGUCAUGUAGUGGGUCUUUCCCGGCAUGGACAGCGCAGCGGAAACGUAUUAAGGAGGCCUGGAACGUAAAGGAGAAAGCCAAGAAGUACUGGAUAUGAUGAACUAUUGAAUCAGUUGAAAGUAUGGAAUAGUGGAUAAGAUUAUCGCUUGUGCUGACUGUGCUGGGAAAGACACCCGCCAUGAUUUUUGACAAUUUAUACUAUGAAACUAGUACACAAGAGAGGUUCCGGGGGGGUGG